GGCUUCCGGGUAGGUAGCAGCACCGAAUACUUUCACCCGGUCUUCUCACGCUACCCAAGAGGAAGAAGAAGCGAGCGAGCGAGGUUUCUUGCUGCUCCCGCGCGCGACGAUCGCCAUGGCGAGCACCACCGCGUCGUCGCAGCCAACGGACAUCGCCAAGAGGAUGGCCGUGUCCAAGAACGCCGCCGAUGACAUGAUGCGCGUGCUGUCCAUCUACGACACGGGCGUGCUCCCGGCCGCGGGUGAAGCGGCCGGGGAGGCGUACGGCUCGGAUGAGGAGGAGGCGUUUGCGGCCGCGGAGGACGUCAUCCUCCGGUGCAACUCCUCGUCGUCGUCCUCCGGCAUGAACGACUACCUGUACGCCGUCGACGACGCCAUCGCGGCCGCGGCGCUGCAGGGCGGCCUCGCCUCCCGCGCCGCCGAGGCCGUGCAGGCCGCCAUGCCGCGACUGGAGGAGGAGGCGCGCGCGCUGCUAUCCAACUCUUCCUCCUCGUCCGCGAGGCGCCACUCGUUCUCCUACUCGGACGACCUGGUCGUCGACGACGCGACGUCGCCGCCCGACGCGUCGUCCCCGUCCCCACGCCUCUCCCCGCGCGCGGCCGCCUCCGUCCUGGGCGUCGCGGACCGCAUGCUGCGCGCCGGGUACGGCCCGGAGCUCGCGCAGGUCUACGUCGCUGUCCGCCGCGACGCGCUCGCGGAGGCCGUGGCGCACCUGACGGGCGCCGCGGACCCCGUCGCCAUCGAGGAGGUGCUGAGGAUGGACUGGCCGGCGCUCGACCAGAAGAUGAGGCGCUGGAACCACGCCGUCAGGGCCGUGGUCAGGACCGUCCUGGCCGGCGAGCGGCAGCUCUGCGACGAGGUCUUCGCCGCGGACGAGGAGCUCGGCCACGAGUGCUUCGCCGACGUCGCGCGCGGCUGCGUCCUGCAGCUGCUCGGCUUCGCGGACGCCGUCGCCAUGUCGGCGCGCGCCACGGAGAAGCUCUUCCGCACGAUCGGCAUGCACGAGGCGCUCGCCGACGUCGCGCCGGAGCUCGUGGCCCUCUUCGCCGGGGACGCGCGCGACCUCUUCGACGCCGAGGUCUCCGCCGUGUCCGCGCGGCUGGGCUGCACCGUGCGCCGCACCAUCGAGGAGUUCGGGGCCGUCAUCCAGGCCGAGUCGUCGCGGAGGCCCGUGCUCGCCGGGGAGAUCCACCCCAUGACCCGCUACGUGCUCAACUACUGCGGCCUCCUCGCCGACUGCCGCGGCACGCUGGACAUUGUCCUCGUCGACACCAUCGACUCCUUUGACGGCGGCGAGGCUGACAACGACGACGGUACCGGCGCCACCUCGACGCCGUCGGGGCGGUGCAUGCGCGAGCUCAUGACCCGGCUGCUGCGCAAGAUGGACGAGAAGUCGUGCCUGUACGACGACGCCGGCCUCAAGCACAUAUUCCUCAUGAACAACCUCUACUACAUCGUGCAGAAGGUGAUGGACUCCCCGGUUCGGGAGCUCCUCGGCGACGACUGGAUCCGCCGCCACCGCGGCCAGAUACGGCAGUACGAGACAGGCUACCUCCGGGCGUCGUGGAUCGCCGUACUGUCAUGCCUCAGGGACGAUGGCAGCGCCGCGGGGCCGACGGUGAAGGACAAGGCGAGGAGCUUCAACGCGGCGUUCGAGGAGCUGUACCGGAACCAGACGUCGUGGAAGGUGAUCGACCCGCAGCUCCGGGAGGAGCUCCGGAUCGCCGUGUCGGAGCGGCUGAUCCCGGCGUACCGGUCGUUCCUCGCGCGGCCGAGGACGCGCACGGGGUCGUCGUCCGGCAGCAGCCGACACUCGGCGUCGAGAUACAUCAAGUACAGCCUCGAGGACCUCGAGGACUACAUGCUGGAUUUCUUCGAAGGCGUGCAGAAAUUCGUCAAAUGAUCAGAGGAGCUCUGCUUUCUGAUUGCUACAUUCUUCAGCGGCAGCCUUGUGCUAACUGGGCCUGGCCAUGAUUUGUGGACAUGGUUUUUGCAGAGCAUUGUUCACUUAUAGUAGCAGCUCCUGAUAGAUCAGUCGAUGCUCACAUUUGUACAUAGGAAAAGAAUUCGGGGGUGUAUGUAUAGUGCACGUGUAUUCGAUUUUGAAUUCAUAUUUUUUUCAGACAA